CCGAGUGCACACUACAGGAGAAAGGUAGAGAAUUGGGACGCACUGCAUAUCCUUCCAAAAUGACAGAACCAACUGUAUCCCACUCAGUAAAUACUCAGGUCAUGCAAUCACAUGAAAACUCUGAUAGUGACACGAGCCUACAAACAGAGUACAGCCUGCUGCAAGUGAACGGGGCAUGGAACAGACAGACUGGCGGACAGACUCAGAAGGAGGGACGGUUAUCAGCUGCUAAAAUUUUCCAGAGCACCUCAGAACAUGGCCUCUCCUGGACAGUGGUCAGCCCUAUUGUGUUCACCUACAGAGUGAUCCAAUGCCACAACCUGCUGGAUGUUGGGAAUGACACACUGCUAUGUGGUCAUAUAGAGGACCAGGAUGAGCUCAAGUCCUUCAGAAGCAACACCAAGCCCAUCAAACGCUUCAUUGUCAUUGAUGAGACAGUCAAUCAGCUCUAUGGCUCCCAGGUCACCAGGUAUUUUGAGGCCAGAAAUGUUCUUUAUAGGAUCCUCCCACUGCCCACUACAGAGGAGAACAAGUCCAUGGAGCUUGUGACCAGGAUUCUGGAGGAGGUCCACAAGUUUGGCAUAGACAGGCGCUCUGAGCCCAUUAUUGCUAUUGGAGGCGGGGUGUGUCUGGAUGUGGUGGGCCUAGCUGCUUCUCUCUACCGGAGGCGAACCCCCUAUAUCCGUGUCCCGACCACCCUGCUUUCCUACAUUGAUGCCAGUGUGGGGGCCAAAACUGGAGUCAACUUUGCCAAUGGUAAGAACAAGCUGGGGAGUUACAUACCUCCGGUCGCAACAUUUUUAGACCGGACCUUCAUCCGAACUGUUCCUCGCAGGCAGGUUUCUAAUGGAAUGGCAGAAAUGUUAAAGAUGGCUCUGAUGAAACACAGGGGCCUGUUUGAGCUCCUGGAGACUAAAGGCAAGUACCUAUUGGACUCCAGUUUCCAAUCCCAUGACAAGAUCAGUGGCUGCUGUGACCUGGAAGAUGCUGCCUCUUCGUCCACACGGAUUGCCAUAGAAACCAUGCUAGAGGAGUUGGCUCCCAAUCUGUGGGAGGAUGACCUGGACAGACUGGUGGACUUUGGCCAUCUAGUCAGCCCUGAGCUAGAAAUGAAAGUGCUGCCUGCGCUGCUCCACGGGGAGGCGGUGAACAUUGACAUGUCCUUCAUGGUGUACGUGGCCCACCAGAAAGGGCUCCUGACAGGAGAGGAGAAGGCCCGGAUCAGCCACUGCAUGGUGGGUUUGGAGCUGCCUGUGUGGCACCAGGACUGCACUCUGGCCCUGGUGCAGAAGUCUCUGAGCGAACGACUGAAGCACUCAGCAGGGUCCCUGAGGAUGCCUCUUCCCACAGGACUGGGAUGUGCAGAAAUCUUCCAUGAAAUCAGUGAUGAAAUCCUGUGCCAGGCUUUCAAGAUCUGGUGUGAUGACCUUGGUUCUUCUUGACAUCUGGAGAUUACAAUAUCCACACUGAAUACACUGACGCUAUGACGAGCUGGUGAAGAUGAAAUAGUGUGUUUCAUAUUCAAUAUGUUUCAGUCAACACACAUUUACGUGAAGUCUAAAUAUGAAUAAUAAAUAUACAGUGCCUUCAGAAAGUGUUCACAUCCGUUGACUUUUUCCUAAUUUUGUUGUGUUACUGGCCGAAUUUAAAAUAGAUUAAAUUGAGAUUUCUUUGGUAAUUGGCCGACACACAAUACUCCAUAAUGUCAAAAUGGAAUUAUGUUUUUCGAAAUGUUUACAAAUGAAUAAAAAAUGAAAAGCUGAAAUGUCUUGAGUCACUAAGCUUUCAACCUUUGUGUUAUGGCAAGCCUAAAUAUGUUCAGGAGUAAAAAUGUGCAUAACAGGUCAUGUAAGUUCCAUGGACUCACUGUCUGCAAUAAGUGUUUAACAUGAUUUUUGAAUGACUACCUCAUCUCUGUACCACACAGAUACAAUUAUCUAAAGGUCCUUCAGUCGAAAAGUGAAUUUCAAACACAGAUUCAACCACAAAGACCAGGGAGGUUUUCCAAUGCUUCACAAAGAAGGGCACCUAUUGGUAAAAAAGCAGACACUGAAUAUCCUCUUGAGGAUGGUGAAGUUAUUAAUUGCAGUUUGGACGGUGUAUCAAUACGCCCAGUCACUACAAAGAUAAAGGCGUCCUUCAUAACUCAGUUGCCGGAGACGAAGGAAACUGCUCAGGGAUUCCACCAUGAGGCCAAUGGUGACAUUAAAACAGUUAUAGAGUUUAAUG